CGGCGCACAUUCGUCUCCUGGCUCUCGUGACGCGUGGAUUCGAUUGAGUACGAGAGAUCGUCCAGCCGAGGUCGCAGCCAAGUAGUAGCAGCAGCAGCAGCAGCACGCUUUUUUAAUUUAUUAAAAGGGAACGCGAAGUUAAGGACACAGUAGCCAUGAGGGAAAUCGUGCACAUCCAGGCUGGUCAGUGCGGUAACCAAAUUGGAGCCAAGUUUUGGGAAAUCAUUAGUGACGAGCAUGGCAUCGACCCGACUGGUGCCUACCAUGGAGACAGCGAUCUCCAACUCGAGAGGAUCAAUGUUUACUACAACGAGGCUUCGGGCGGCAAAUACGUACCUAGGGCUAUCCUCGUGGAUCUCGAGCCCGGGACUAUGGAUUCGGUUAGAUCCGGUCCGUUCGGACAGAUCUUCCGCCCGGAUAAUUUCGUUUUCGGACAGUCGGGCGCCGGCAACAAUUGGGCCAAGGGCCACUACACCGAGGGCGCCGAACUCGUCGACUCGGUCCUCGACGUCGUGCGCAAAGAGGCCGAGAGCUGUGACUGCCUCCAGGGCUUCCAGCUGACGCACUCGUUGGGAGGAGGAACCGGUUCCGGUAUGGGUACGCUCCUCAUUUCCAAAAUCCGCGAGGAGUAUCCGGACAGAAUCAUGAACACCUACUCGGUCGUCCCGUCGCCCAAGGUCUCCGACACCGUUGUCGAGCCCUACAACGCCACCCUCUCCGUCCACCAGCUGGUCGAGAAUACUGACGAAACCUACUGCAUUGACAACGAAGCAUUAUACGAUAUCUGCUUCAGAACGCUUAAAUUAUCCACGCCCACGUACGGCGAUCUCAAUCAUCUUGUUUCUCUCACAAUGUCCGGUGUCACAACUUGUCUCAGGUUCCCUGGACAGUUGAAUGCCGAUCUCAGAAAACUCGCUGUGAACAUGGUGCCCUUCCCUCGUCUUCACUUCUUCAUGCCCGGAUUUGCCCCUCUGACCUCCAGAGGCAGUCAACAAUACAGAGCUUUGUCGGUACCCGAACUUACCCAGCAGAUGUUCGACGCCAAGAACAUGAUGGCGGCCUGCGAUCCGCGACACGGACGCUACUUGACGGUUGCCGCUAUCUUCCGUGGUCGCAUGUCCAUGAAGGAGGUCGACGAGCAGAUGUUGAACAUCCAGAACAAGAACUGCUCGUACUUCGUCGAAUGGAUACCGAACAACGUGAAGACCGCCGUCUGCGACAUUCCACCACGUGGCUUGAAAAUGUCGGCAACCUUUAUCGGCAACAGCACAGCCAUCCAGGAGCUGUUCAAGCGCAUCUCCGAGCAAUUCACCGCCAUGUUCCGAAGGAAAGCUUUCUUGCAUUGGUACACGGGAGAGGGCAUGGACGAGAUGGAGUUCACCGAGGCCGAGUCGAACAUGAACGAUUUGGUGUCCGAAUAUCAACAGUACCAGGAGGCCACCGCCGACGAGGAUGCGGAGUUUGACGAAGAGGCCGAGCAAGAAGUUGACGAGAGCUAGACUAGAGGAUAGAUAUAGGGAUUCCCUCUACCACGUACACAACACACACAUACACGCGCCAAGAGAGAAAGAUGCACACACAAAAAAUGGAAAACUUGGAAAACCUGCUUCUUAACUUCGCCUCGCUCUUUCUCUCCGACUGUAUUUUAUUUUCCCAUCUAUCUUUCUUCCUAUUUUACAUUUUGCGUUUGUUAAUAUUUUUUACGUUUAUAAUGCACUUGAUUGCGAAUCUCCGUGAGGCGCGCUCCUCGUUCCCUCCUUCCUCUCGACCCCCCCCCCCCUCCCCCCCC